AGAUCAGAUAACAUGUUGUCUUUGUAAUGUAACAACAUCAACAGACGCCUCUGUACGGAUUCUCACUGCGCAGUCAGAUGUGGACAGGAUAACUUGUUUACUCACCUCUGCUGAUUUUUCGUCAUUCAGAAAAUGGCACGACGCAUGUGCUCAGUUCUGAUCCUCUGCUUAGCAGCAUCAGCAGCCGCCAAUGAAGAGGUGUUAUCCCGAGUGAAGAGGAUUAUCGGGGGUUCGAUCGCCACGCGCGGUCAGUGGCCAUGGUUGGUCAGUCUUCAUGGGAAGUUCGUCACAGAGCGGAUCCCUAUUUUAGGAAUACCCAUAGCGUUCCGACAUAAAUUUUGUGGCGGAUCCAUUCUUAACGACCGCUGGAUACUUACAGCUGCCCAUUGUUUCGACGGACCUCAGGGUCGGAUUGCGAACAGAUGGGAGGCCCGACUGGCGGCUACCUCACUACGGAAUAAUAUUAUCGAAACACUUAGGAACAUAUUGUCUCGAAUUGUGAACAGAGAUGAUUGGCGAACGUGGGAAAUAGACAUCGACAGAGUGGUUAUACAUCCCCAAUAUAACGCAUCAGAUUACUGGGCAAACGAUAUCGCUCUAGUUCGUCUUGAGGAGCCCGUACCCUCGGGACGUCAGUUUUCUCGCAUACUGCGUAUUAACCUGCCUACGUUUGGCAAUUUUUCGUUCCCGGCCGUGGGAUCCCGUUGUACUAUGAAGGGUUGGGGAUGUACGACCGGGGGGGGACUUGUUUCUAACCACGCCCACUCCGCUGUACUUCCGGUGUUUGAUACGGCGAGCUGUUCCAUCCUGCGGCGGGCCUCCGACAACUAUAACCGCAUCUGUGCUGGCUUCAUCAACUCCAACGUCGGGAUAUGUCCGGGUGACAGUGGAGGACCACUUUCCUGUUUGAACGAGAGAGGAGAAUGGAUACAAGUUGGCAUAGCCUCAUUCGCGAGCGUGCACCAUCCCGGGGAUUAUCCCGGAGUCUUUACACGUGUUUCGUCAUACGUAAACUGGAUCAACAGCGUCAUCAGCUAAAACACAGCACGGAUCCUGUCUGUUUAAUAGCACAGCCAUUUAAAACAUUGUUAGUUGGUUCUGAGAACCUCCGUUUAUUUAGAUGUAAUUGUGUGUUAUAAUAUCAUGUCAUAUUUGUCAAAAUGACGCAUGGAAUUCUUCAUAUAAUGUUGUGUAUAUUUCCAAUCCAUCUUUUAAUAUGAUUACGAUUUGUAUUGCUCAUCCCGUUGAUAUUUAAUUGCUAAUACAUAUUUAUA